AUGGCGUCAGCCGAGUUUUUAGAGCAAGCUUUGUCUACAGACGUUGACGAGAACGCAGUGAACGCGAUUGUGGGCUCUCUUGAAAAUCAGUUAGUUACAUCGGUUACCUCGUCUUCUUCACAGAACAUUUUUAUAAACGGUGUUCCAAGUCAGCUAUCUAACGUUACGUCGAGUGCGAAUUCUUUCGGUGUACAAAAAUAUAACACGGACUCAGACCAAAUCAGUGGCGGCGGUGUUGUGACUGGUAUUCAAUCUCCUGCGAUCGUAAACAGCAGUAAUUCGUUUAACAAUGUACAAGCGUCUAACUCUUUUGUUUCGCAAGCGUUAACAGGAGUAGUUUCUAAUUCUAGUGAUUCUCUAAAAGUGAUUUAUUCUCAAACACAAGGCCUUAACCCUAACAAUCGUGUUAAUUUCACCACCCAAUCAAUCGCAAACGGUUGUAUCGGUCUACCUGUCUCACAAAAUCAAAUUUUGCAUACAGUAACUGGAAAUAGUGUAUUACCUCAAUCAAUAAAUAAAACUGUUACGAUGCAACCGCCGUUAGUUAUAAAGCAAGGCACAAGUAGUGGGCAGGUGGGCAUGCAACCUAGUAUGGUGACAGUGCCAAUGACUGUAAACUCGAGUAUGCCUGGUUCUAUUCCCAAUGUUAUGACAAUUAAUAAGCCAGGAGGGCAAAAUGUUGUGGUGACUACUCAGAAUCUGGGUUCAGCUCAACCUACUAUAAUACCUAAUGUUCAGAUAUUGAACAUGAGACCUGGGGCGCCUGCUGUUGCAGCACAAAAAUCUGUGGCAACUGUGUCUCCAAGAGUGGUGAUAGGUGCUCCACAGGUGGUUGGAGCUAGAGCAACAGCUCCAGGCAUAACACUGCAAACUCUGCAAAGUCUUCAACCCGGGCAGCAGGGUCAUUUGUUGUUAAAGACUGAGACGGGUCAGUACCAGCUGCUGAGGGUGGGGCCCGCGCCCUCGGCCAGCACGCUUGCGGCGCCGCAGGCUCAAACCAUCCGGCUGUCGACAGUGCCGGCACACCCAGGUGUGGCCACUGUAUCAACAAGUGUAGCGGCCCCAGGGCAGAUCCAAGGACAGAUGCCGGCGGGACCGGUGGCAGCACCAGUCGUGGCGCCUCCUAGUGUCUCCACGGCAACGCCACCACCGCAACCGCCGACAGUCACCACACAAAAACCUAAUGAUAACACCAAAGAGAAAUGUCGGAAUUUCCUUGCCAAUCUACUGGAUUUGUCAAGCAAGGAGCCCAAGUCUGUGGAGAAAAAUGUAAGAAAUCUCAUCCAGGAGUUGAUUGAUGCUCAAGUGGAACCAGAAGAGUUCUGUGACAGACUUGAACGGCUUUUAAAUGCCAGUCCACAACCAUGCCUUAUUGGAUUCUUAAAGAGGAGUUUGCCACUGCUAAGACAAUCACUUGUGACAAAAGAAUUGGUAAUAGAGGGUAUCAACCCUCCUGCACCGCACGUGGCCUUUUCUAAUAUACCAGCCCCUGUGCAGCCUGUCAUCGCGACCUCCAAUGUGCAGAUGCCGAAGCCGACCAAGCCUGGGAGUGCGAUCGCUGUCCUGCAGAACAUCCCGGUACACACGAAAAUCAAUGUCAGCAAAGUGAGCAGCGGCAAAGCGAUGUCAGUGAAUAGCAAGAGUAAUUUUCCUCGCACCGCGGUCCCCUCCGCGGCGCUGUCGACGGUUCUCACCCCUGGAAAGUCAUUGCUGAAAGACAAAGAAAAGAAAUCGUCAAUGCAAUUUGCGUCGCAACCCUAUGUUGAUGACAAAAUGGCAGGCGAUGACGACAUCAAUGACGUCGCCGCUAUGGGUGGCGUGAACUUGGCUGAAGAGACUCAGAGGAUUUUGGGCUCCACUGAAAUGAUUGGCACACAGAUCAGGUCUUGUAAGGACGAAUAUUUGGUCGGCACAUCGGUGAUGGGCGCAAGAGCGCGAGCGGCGGCGGCGCGUCUAGGUCUAGAGGAGCCUCCAGCCGAGGUGGCCGCGUUACUUGCGCACGCUCUCCACGACAGACUCAAGACGUUGGUCGAGAAGUUGGCUGUCAUUGCGCAACAUCGCAUCGACCUUGUUAUCAAGACUGACUCGCGUUACGAAGUGACACAGGAUGUGAAGGGCCAACUGAAGUUUCUAGAGGAAGUGGAUCGCGCUGAGAGGAAGAGGCGCGAAGAUUCAGAGCGGGAGAUGCUGCUCAGAGCCGCAAAAUCACGUUCCAAGAACGAAGACCCUGAACAGGCUAAACUCAAGGCUAAGGCGAAAGAGAUGCAACGUGCGGAAUUGGAAGAGCUUCGGCAGCGCGAGGCGAAUCUGACAGCGUUGCAAGCUAUCGGACCGCGCAAAAAACCAAGACUAGAUGGACCCGCCGGAGCUGGUGACAGCAGUACUAACCAGCCACACCACGCGCAGCCAGGACUCGCUGGACGAAGUCAGUUGGCGCUGCGUACGCGGUUGAAGCGCAUCAACCACCGUGACAUGGUGUUCUUAUUGGAACAGGAACGGGAGACUGCACACUCCCCUUUACUGUUCCGCACUUACCUUAAGUGACCCUACACACAGACUGUCUACCAUAAGUGACACUAAUUUGUGAUUAAAAAGUGGAAAUUACCAAUUAACAAAAGUGGCAAUGUGUUUCUCAAGUGAUAUAGUGAAUGAAAAAACAGCAAGUGUGCUUAAAAGUUUAAAUAUAGAUCAAAUUACCAAAAAAGUAUCAUUCUAAUGAUCUAUCUAAUGGUUUUAUAAAAGGUUUUGGAAGAUAUGGAUUAUUGAAACUGUGUAAUAGUAAAACAUUGUUGAACAUUGUUGUUCAUUUAAUGCAAUAUUGUAUCAUUUAUCAUGUGUAUAACCUACUGUUUCUAUCACUGCAAGUGUAUAUAUUUUUGUUUUGAGCAACAAUAAGAUAAUAACAAUCUUUUGUCUCAUAACACUACUAGAGAGUGUAAAGGUGAUAAUUUUAUGUUCUCGACAAAGUACUUCAUUGAAAUAGAAGUUUUCACAUUUCUUUGCUAGGGAUACUUUUUUUAAUAUUAUGUUGAUGUUGUUUUAUUAUAAUUUUUAAUUCAGGUAAUAGCUUAUAACUAUAUUUUGUUCAAGGGAUCUAAGACAAAUUUUAACAAAUAUUUAUUUGCAUUUGCUGGCCUGGUUGAAUUGAUAAUGAAGCAAUUAAUUACAUUGAUUGAAAUAAAGAUAUGCAUGUUCAUGUUGUAUUUUUAGCUAACCAGUAAGAUAACCACAGGAAACUCAUCAAUAAAACAUUGAUUUUCUGACUAAAACUAACAUUGGUAUUUGACUAAAACUAACAUUGGUAACAUACAGUGAUUCGAGAGGAUUGACCAUGAGGUGAAGCCGCUGGUGAAAACCUUCUAUUAAAAGCCAAUCAUGUAUAUGUAUAUAGUUUGUACUUUGUCUCGCUGAACAUUAUAUAGGUGUGAAUAGCUUGGUGACAUGUUGAAUAAAUCGACAGAGUAAAAUACAUUCCCAUCAUAGUACUUGAAUAUAAGUUGUUAUUAUUUUUAUUUGCAUUGACUAAUUCUUAUGCAAAAUUUAAAUUCUAAUUUGGUACUGAUGAAUAAUAUAUUUACAUAUUGCACUGAAUUCUGUUACCUUCCUUGUGAAAAAUUAUGAAAAACCAUGUUUCUUUAAUGGUAACUUAAGAAUAGCCUUAUUGUAUUAAACUUUAUUUAAAUGUUCAAAAUUAUGGAUAAUAUUAAUAAUAUACAGCCAACUUUUCAUGUACAAAGCACCAACAAAGGCGUCUAAAUGUGGAAAAUUUGACUCGCCAUACAUAACCAAGGCUAAUCUAUAAAUGCCAUUGAGCCUUGCACAAUCGGCAGCCAAUACAGUACAGAUCAGUUAUGUACUAAAGCAUUUGCAGGUUAGAGUCUGCACACGGAGGAUGCGUCGCGGAACGUCAGAAAUAAUUAAUACAUGAAGAUACAGCCAGAGAACCAGAGAUCCAUAUGUCAAUCUUAAAAUUACAAUAAGGUUCAAUUCACUCUUUGUGAUACAUAACUGAUAUUCAAGCAAUGUCCAUGUCUUAUAUGUUAGUCAUUAGGGCUACAUAAUCAGCAAAGCAAAGCUGUGUUAGAAACUUACCGUUAAUGUUGAUGCCAUCUCUUUUGCAAUAGAGAAGCUUCAAAAUGUCCAACAACACAGUUGUAAACUCAUAUUUAUAUAUAUUCGAAUUUAUAUAAUUUCGAAAGAAAUUAAAUAAAUUGUGAAUUUUAUGGGUUAUUUUGUAAUGUUUUUCUGUAGAAAUAUUUACAUGAAUUCAUGUUUAUAACUUUCGAUGCUCUAGUUUCCAAUUUUUAAUCACAGGGAAUUUAAUUCUCAAUAAAAUGAAGCCUAAUUUUUAUGUAACCUGACUACCAAAAAGUUGCUAUCCGAGUUACGCAGUAACACUAGAUGUUAAGGCAUUUACUCAGUAACACUUGUUGAUCUGAAGUAAGAACAUACCUAAAUAGUAAAAACAGAUAAAAAGAUGGUAACAGAAUUGAGGGCAAUUCAUAUAGGCUUAACUAUUAUAAGAUGUAAUAACUUAUACUUGAACAAAUUCAGAAAUAUAAUAACAAAACUAAAGAAUAUAAUGUAUCAAAAAAUAUGUAUAAUUCUACCAUUACUUUGUUUUAUAACACGUAUCUCGCGCGAUUGUUAUAUGUCUAUUGUAUAAAUGUAUGUCUCAAUAAUUCAAAUUCAACAAAAAUGCCUUUAUGAGAAAUAAGUAUAUUUGCUUAACAAUAUUUCUAUGAGUUGGUUCAAGUAUAAAUGUAAGUUAAAAUUAGUGAUACAACGGUGCCCAACAUAGCACUAUAUUGUAUGAAUGUUAUGGCAAAUAUCAUAGCACUUGUUUGAUACAGAGUGAUUAUUAUUUUUGCUAUUGUUAUGUAUAUUAAAGUUUGAGAAAUUAAGGUAGAUGGAAAUAAAUAACUGCUUGCUUAAGAUGUAUGAAUUUUGUGUCAAUCAAAUUUAGAUAAAAUAUUUUUUUUUGCAUGUUCCACAAAUUACUUCUAGCCAAAUCCUCACUAGCCAAAUUAGAAACCAAAUUUGGUUUGUCUUACUGCUCCCCUU